CGGAAAGCGAUCAACAGAAAGCAAUCAACAGAAGCCACAGCCAUCGUUAAGCGCAGCAUGCGGCCAGCGUCUUAUCCGACUAUAAAGGUCAGCUAUUAGGGUCGGGUCGUUCCCCAGUAUCACUUCACAUCGCGUUCAACCAUGACCAGCAAUCCUCCUGCAGUUACCACGCCUCCCAAUGCUGGCCCUCCCAACGCUCCUGCACCUACCACGCCUCCCAAUGCUGGCCCUCCCAACGCUCCUGAUGUCGUGAAGAGCACCCCUGGGCGGCCAGAUAGUAGCGCCGCAGCCGGUGUUAGCGAUGCCUACAAAUCACUCAAGAAGGCGGAAGUGGAAGCCUACAUUAGGAACGACCUGGAAAAGCAUUUCCAAUGCGAUUUUCGCGAUUUGCUCAAAGUCUUACUGCGUAGAGUUGCGAAGGACGAAGACGCUCAUAAGACCAACGAGGACCUUUUGAAAGAAUGCGUCCGAGAAGUCUUACCUCUCUGCAAUGACCCAGACUUGCAAGCCAAUCUCAAAAGCUAUACUCAAGCUUAUACUCACGAGAGCCAUUGCUAUGCUCCCUUCACCCUGACCUUCAAUCGAGCUCUACACCUGAUCAAGGAGCUCAAGAACCUUCCUUUGAAAGCCCCUAAGGCUGGCGAGGAUUUGGAGACCAUGUUCUACAGAAAUGAUCCCAAUCUGCUUACCGGUAGCCACGGUGAACUUUCGUCGGCCCGAAAGCCUGACGUUGUGUUAGUCGCCCGUGGCUCUGCUAUUCGCGCAGCCGGAGAUGUGUCCCUUCACUAUACAUGGGACGAAAUUGCCAUGAAGUGUGCACCCGAUCGCCCUGCUAUAGAACAGGCUUUCUCCUGGGCGGACGUUCUCUCAUGUUUCGAGUUCAAACGCCGCAGUACCACAAAGCGUUUGAAUCCCCCACCUGACCGCUAUGAAUACAAGGGUACCCUUUCAGCCAAAAUCCCUCCUUUGGCAGUGGACAAAGAGUGGCCUUUUGGAGAGGACGCCGCUGUUGCUGUCGCCGCUCCCGUCGCCGCUCCCGUUGUCGCCGCUCCGGUGCAGACGACGUCUCAACGCAAGGUCGAACGAACAGGAGGCUCAGGAGACGCAUCGAAUCCCGCACCCACUUUGCGGAGAUCAGCUAGACUCCGAGGGAGUACGCCAGUGGUGACAGAGCAGCCAUCUGCAAAGAGAAAGUCCGAUAGUCAGCCCGACAGUCAACGGUCCAAGAAGGCGAAACCUGAGGAACCUAAGAAAGAUCCUCCUGUCGUUGUACAAUCCGGCAUGUAUGCAGCGGAAAUGCUAUCGCGGCGCUAUGCGAUGCAUGCAAUUAAUGUCGUCAUCGUUGACGAAAUAGCAUGGGUAUGGUGGUAUGAUCGACAAGGCGCAAUCCAGUCGAGCGGUGUCGAUUUCAUCAAGGACCUCCCCUAUUUCCUUGUCCUGAUUGCCGCAUUCCGUCAUUAUACUCUGCGCGAGUGGGGUAUUGAAGCCACGCUGAUAAAGGAUGAAUAUCAGCACUAUCUGAAGGGUCCGGAUGUGCCAGGUGACAAGACCGACGCAAAAACUGACGAAUUCUGUCCUGCUCGCGACAAAACAGACUUCGACUUCGCAUUCAGAGAUCGCGAAGAUCAGAUGAAUGUUAAAGCAGAGGCUACUGUACAUCUUGGCGAACCCAUUCAAUUGCGAUAUUCCCUCCUCGGUCGGGGAACAAGGGUCUUUGGGGCCACGCAGAAGAAGCCGACCCAAACAGAUGCAGUGGUGAAGAUAUACUGGCCGGAGGUCGCUCGUACGAGCGAGGCCGUCAUUAUUGACAAGGCGGUGGAACUGGGUCGGGGAGACCCGCUCAUAGAGGGGCAUCUGCCCACGGUGCUUGCCUCAUAUGACCUGGACUACUCGACCGGAACAAUUCGGGAGGACAUCCAGAAAGAAGGACAGCUUGUUGGGAGUGCUAUCGGUGGCCCACGUUGUAUGCGCAUACUGCUGAUGCCCAAAUUGUUGCCCAUCGGCGAAUUGCCUGCUAAAACGUUCAUCGAACGUUGGAUAGAAUGUUAUCGAUGCCAUUUCGCGCUCUGGAUGAAGGGCAUUGAACACACAGAUAUCAGUCUUGACAACCUGCUCUAUGAUCCCACCACUGAAAAGGGUGUUCUGAACGAUUUCGAUUUGGCUAGGAUCCGCCUGGACGAUAGGAACCAGGCGACAGGGCAAGAACGGACUGGCACCAUCCCCUUCAUGCCAAUGGAUCUCCUCUCAGAUGAGUAUUUCCGCGGAGAGAUCGUGCGCCUGUACCGCCAUGAUUUCGAAUCAUUCCUUUGGAUCCUGCCCUAUAAGCUGCUGCGUGGCGUCGACAAACAAGAUGCAGAUUUGGCAAAAUGGAACACUGGCGACUACAGCCGUUGCCUAGACUCCAAGAACACCUUCCUCAACACGAAUUUGGGAAGAU